CUUUAUGCAAGUUGUUAAUUUCUAUCACUAAAACGAAGAAAAAUGAAGAGAUCACUUACGUUUUUCAUUUUAGCGCUAAUUGCUACCGUAAUUGCAGAUGAUGAUAAAAAAAUAGAAGAGAUUGCAAAAGCAUUCAACACCGAUGUAUCGACAUUCCAGGAAUGUCUGGACGAAGGAGAAAUCAAAAUAGAUGAGUUAAUUAUUGGAUUGCAAAAUUGGACUCUCCUCUUUUUCGAUGAGAAGGAUCUCAAUGAAGAAUCAAGACAAUUUCGUGUGAAACUCAAAAAAUUGGAUACCUGUAUAUUAAAAAAAAAACAAUUGCUGGUAGAUAGGAAGUUAGUUAUAGACAAAAUAAUUGAAGAAGUAAAAAAAAACAUUAAUGAGAAGGGUUUAGCACAGUUUUCAGAGGAAAUUUUUAGGAAUAUAAAGGAAUGUUUAAAUUCAUUGAAUGAAAACAGCCAAUUGACUGAGGAAGAUAGAGCCUUUGGUGUAUUCCCAUGUAUAAUCAUUCAGUUGAAAAACGAGAAACAGUAAAACAAAAUUGUAAAAUGCAUAUAU